UCUCCUUCUCCGCUUGGUAAAUUUAAGAAACAGUCCACCUAUCAAUCGGGGAGGAAAGCGGAUCCUUUUGCUUCUCAUUUCUUCUCAGAAAAAGAGCAGGAAGCAUCUGAUGGCAUCCUCAAAGAUUCAAGCCUUUUGGAAUCACCCUGCAGGACCAAAAACUAUUCAUUUCUGGGCACCAACUUUUAAAUGGGGUAUUAGCAUUGCCAACGUUGCCGACUUCUCCAAGCCACCUGAACAUAUCUCUUAUCCUCAGCAAUUUGUUGUUGCAUGCACUGGUGUAAUCUGGUCCCGAUACAGCACGAUCAUCACACCGAAGAACUGGAACCUUUUUAGUGUAAGUGUCGGAAUGGCCGGAACCGGGCUUUAUCAGCUGUCUCGCAAAAUCAGGCAUGAUUACUUAUCUGCAGAAGAAAAAGAACCUCUCAAGGAAUGAUGUUAUUAUGAUCAGCAACUUUUCUUUGCUGUUGCAGCAAUUGACAAUUCAAUGUCCGGCUGAUAACCUGUAAAAUGUUUUACUUCAAAAUCAUUCCACACAAUUCAUUGUUUCAUGUAAGAUGCAAUUAGUCUGGGUGACUGCA